UCUAUUCGUUCCUGUCAGCCGUUCAAAAAGUGCCAAAUAUCUCGUCUUUGUUGACCUCGGGCGACCGUAGGCAAGCAUUCGGUCCAUUGGCUGCGAGUCGUUAUGAGACUAUCCAACUCGAUUAUGACAUAGAAGAAGGUGCCUUGGGUGUUUGGGAAACCAAACUGAAAACGCAGAGAAUAUAGUCAACUGUGAGUAGAUCUCGUCUACUCGUUCGUGUCAACGUACAAUUUCUCUCAGCUCUUGGAUCCAUCUUCGAGGCCGCCCAUCUCCAUCGAGAUUGCUUCAGAAUGUCAAGUGUUUCGCAGAAAGAGGAUGCUUCUUGGGCAGAUCCUUCGCUUCUCGUUGGUCUGCCCAUGGCCGUCAGAGCUGCUCUCAUGCUCAACGUACCGAAGAUCAUAGAUUCAGCGCACCCGAAGCUCUCAUUGUCAGCGGAAGAGAUUUGCAAGCAUGUGCCCACUACUCGAGAGCAAAUUCCAAAAGCUGAGAAUCUUGAGAAAAUCCUUGACUGGCUUUGCUGCAAUGGAAUUUUCUCUUUGAUCAUCGAGGAAGGAGACGAUGGCUCGAAAGUGAAAAGAUACGCGCACAGUCCCAAAUCUCGAUGUCUUUCCCGGGAUCACACCGCCGACAUGUUGCUCAUGUACACUUCUCCAGAGCUGACCAGAGUGUGGCCUCACGCACAUGAGAUCGUGCUCAGUCCUGACGUUUCUCCCUUCGAGCUCGUAACAGGAAAGAACAUUUACACAUACUUCGCAGUGGAUGCUCCACAAGUUCAAGAAUUGUACGUGAGAGGCCUGAAUGGAACAGCUGGUCCGUCGCUGAGUCUACUCGAGAUGUACGACGAGACUUUCAAGGCUUUGAAGGGUCGAGUGGUGGAUGUAGGAGGCCAGGAAGGAACAAUAUGUGCAGGGCUCGUGGCCAAAUACCCCCACCUGCAAUUCGUCAAUUUCGAUCUGCUGGAAGUGGUCAGAGGAGCUCCACAAAUCCCCGGAGUAGAGCAUGUCGGCGGCAGUUUCAAAGAAAGCGUGCCGGACGGCAACCUGUUGAUCAUGAAAUUCUGCCUGCUGAAUUGGGACGACGAGACCUGCAUCGGAAUUCUUACGAAUUGCCGGAAAGCCCUGCCAGUGGCCGAGGGCGGGAAGAUGCUUAUUCUGGAGAGACUGGACAGAUCUACAGAGGCAACGGAUGCUCACAACGAGGUCGCCAGGACCGGAUCACUGUGGUCCAAUUUUCAGAGCACCGUAAUGUUGAGUGGAGCCAGGACGAGAACAGUGGAGCAGUUGAGGAGCCUGGCAUUGGCAGCAGGCUUUUCGCAGCUAGAAUUCGUGAACCAUUGUCCCGGCUUUGAUCUCCUGGAAGCAAGCCUCUCGCCUUCUGGACACUCGCAAUAGUUGUUCUUCGGAUCGGCUCGUCGACCCUGACUCCUCUUGUUCGCUCCAUGAGUCAGUAGUACAGUAUAAACUCGGUUAAGUCCGCACUUUGAUCUGAGAAGGUUUGUGCGGACUUAUCUGGGAUGCGGACUUUAGUUAUAUCUCAUCUUGUGACUUCAAACUCUCCGCGGUAUUUCUAAGUUAACUAUUGUCAAAAGGUAUCAAUAACGAGAAAAGACUCGGACAACAUUCCAUUGAUUUUCCAGACGUAGUCAUACUUCGUACCACCCUUCACUUCAUCUCAAAAAACUAUUAACCCUGUGGUUAGAGGUAAACAUUGACAUUACUAAUAGUCCUUGUAUUGCAAUUGUUAAGGAAAAGGAUCGUUAAUAUCUGACUCAAUUCUUUUUACAAUUAGUUUGUGCUGUUCUUUCUCAACACCGUCUACAACGAACUCAUGUCGAUAUAGUUAUUAACCGAGACAAUAUAUUUAAGAUAUUGGUAAGUCUGUAGAGAUUGGUAUGAGUGAAGCCUUAUCAAGAAUGAAACUGGGCUCGAGUCGCAUGGGAUACGAAUAGGAAGUAGAAUGAAUACCAGUAGACUUAGAUACAAGCCAUUAUUAAAAGAUCCAACCUUAGGGCCAAAAAGGAGAGAGAGCUAAUCUCUAGUGAGAUACCACCAUGUUGCCUCAUACAUGCAAACAUUCGUUUCAAGUUAUAACAAUUUUUUAGCAUCACCGUCAUUGAUCAAAAGUUUGACUUUUGCUGAUAAUAAAACUCUAGAAAUUUGAUCCUUGAAAUUUCGUCUGAAAAAUGCGGACUUAGGCGGGAUGCGGAU